AUGUUUCGGAGGAAAAAGCAAACACAGCCAGACAAUAAUGGCCAGCAAGGUGCCCACGAGGAGCAGCAGAACAAUGAUCAGAAGAAGAGCAAAUUCUAUCGUCGUUUUGCGCAGCAGGAGUUGAAAGGGUGGAGUCCAAUCAUCACCGGGAACGUUGUUGUACUGUACUUUUUAGCAGUGGCAGUCGUCUGCAUAGCUCUCGGCGUGCCGAUCUUGAAGGCAGCCCUCGAUGUGGACGAGUACGAGAUCCGCUACGACGACGCGGGGAUCAUGGCAGGGCGAAGUAGUGGGGAGCAGCAGGACAUCCUGCUGCAGCGGAGAGGGGAUGGGGUGACAAGCGUCGUAAACGUCACCAUCACGAAGGACAUGACGCCACCGGUGUACGUGUACUUCGAGCUGGACAGGUACCACCAGAAUCACAAGCGCUAUGUCCGCAGCCGCGACGACGCCCAAACAGGGAGUUUGUCUGAAAUUUGGAAGCUUGCAGGCAGCGGCAACGGGGGGUCCUCCAAGUGCGCGCCGCAGCAGUAUGUGAACGGGGGGCCCGACCCCAGCCUGCCCCACAACGGCGAGAUCAACCCCUGCGGCCUCAUCGCCUGGUCAUUCUUCAACGACUCCUACACCGCCGCCGUCGUCGGCCCGGACGGCGCGCCGGUCCCUCUGGAGCUGGAUCAAAGCAAUAUCGCGUGGCAGUACGACAGGGACCACCUGUACGGCGACUACACCCCCUACAACUUCAACAUAUUCCCCGACAAGCGCGGAGGGAACACCUCCGAAGUGGACGUCAGUGAUAACCAGCACCUCAUGGUGUGGCUGCGCCCGGCUGCGCAACCGGACUUCCGGAAACUCUGGGCGACCAUCACCGUGCCCCUGGCUGCAGGCACCGUCAUCCAAUUUGAGGUGGCGAACCGAUACAACACCUACCGCUUUGGGGGGCACAAGAGCAUCGUGCUGAGCACGAAUGGCUGGAUGGGCGGGCGCAACAUGUUCCUGGGGAUAGUCUAUCUGGUGGUGGCGGGCCUGGCUCUGCUGACAUCGGUGGCCUUCCUGUUCACGUACCACCUCGGCUGCUUCGGACUCGUGAAGCGACGCAAGUUCGGGGACAUCAGCCAGCUGUCAUGGAAUCGCGCCAAGUGAUUACAUCAUCAUGAUGCAUGACGCUAGUUGCAUGCUUUCUAAGUUGGGACCGAGGGUCGCGGAGAAGACUGCAAACGAUGUGAGAGUAGCUAGUAGCUAGGAAAUGCCAACAAUCUUGACUCCUUGUGUAAAGAAAAGCUUUGAUUC